AAACCUAGCCCGCGGCCGCCGCCACCUAUAUAAACGAACCCUCGUUUCGCUCUCCUCUUCCCUGCGAGACCCAACCACAAGAGCGGCGGCGCGGGCGGACCAGGAGGAGGCCGCGGAGCAGCAGGAGCAGCCGGGCAAGGCCACCGCUGCCACCAUGGGUAUCUCGCGUGACUCGAUGCACAAGCGCCGGGCCACCGGUGGGAAGCAAAAGGCCUGGAGGAAGAAGCGAAAGUAUGAGCUUGGCCGCCAGCCAGCCAACACCAAGUUGUCAAGCAACAAGACAGUGAGGAGGGUCCGUGUCCGAGGAGGUAAUGUGAAGUGGAGGGCUCUCCGCCUGGAUACCGGUAACUACUCAUGGGGUAGUGAGGCUGUUACCCGCAAGACCCGUAUCCUGGAUGUUGUCUACAAUGCGUCAAACAAUGAGCUUGUUCGGACCCAGACCCUUGUGAAGAGCGCCAUUGUGCAAGUUGAUGCUGCCCCAUUCAAGCAGUGGUACCUCACUCACUAUGGAGUGGACAUUGGUAGGAAGAAGAAGGCCCCGGCUGCUAAGAAGGAUGCUGCUGAGGGUCAAGAGGGUGAGGCCACAGCUGAGGAAACCAAGAAGAGUAACCAUGUCCAGAGGAAGCUUGAGAAGCGCCAGCAGGGACGCACACUUGACCCGCACAUUGAGGAGCAAUUUGGAAGUGGAAGGUUGUUGGCAUGCAUUGCUUCUCGCCCUGGGCAGUGUGGCCGAGCUGACGGUUACAUCAUUGAGGGUAAAGAGCUCGAGUUCUACAUGAAGAAGCUCCAGAGGAAGAAGGGCAAGGGUGCCGCAGCUUAGAAGCAAUAUAUUGUCUGGAAGGGGGUGACUUAUCUUAUCCUUUACUCUGGGUUUCGUUAGUCCUCAAGUGUGUUAUGUCGUGUUGCAGACCUGAUGAACACCAAUUUUAAUUUUCUGAAAGUGAAUCUACUUUAGCUUCAAAGAACUGAGAAUUUUCACCUGCUGUGGUUUUGUAUUCUCUUGAUGUUUAGGUUCACAGUUUAUUGGCAGUUUGUGUUUAGCAGUUUUGGUAUUCUCUUGAUGUUUGGGUUCACAGAUUAUUGUCAGAAGGUGAAAUUGGUAGCUGCUAGCCGUUCCAGCUUC